CGGUUUCCGCUGCGCUCUUGUUUCACCCUCAGACCGAGAAAGAAGCGCAGCUCGACGUGAACCCUCCGCCGAAACACCGAACUCAAGCCGAAAACCGACGAUUUAUUUUAAAAUAACGUUUACAUUUCGGAGUGACUCCGUUUUCUUUAUUUUUUCCUCUUUACGAUCCUCACCGAGCACCGUCGACCGUACUCUCAGACGCGGCAGCAGCGCCAGAACAAGCGACACACCGGCGAACAAAGGAACCCGUCAGUCCGCGACACCGGCCCUCAACACCCGUUAGUUAUGAGUCAUGUGGCCGUAGAAAAUGUGCACGGUCUGGAUCAGCAGCUGGCUGCCCUAGACUUGAGCUCCGCUGAUGUUCAAGGUGUCACUGGAAGGCGCUACAUUCCACCACAUUUAAGGAACAAAGAAGCUGCUAAAAAUGAUGCUCCUGGAGGAUGGGAUAACGGACGCAGCAAUGGCUUUGUGAACGGCUACCAUGAUGGCCGAGACAACCGCGUGAAUGGCGGCAGCAGUUUCAGCGGCCGCGGACCCUCCGCAGCGACCGCGGGGGCAGAGGAGGCUUCCGGGUUUGGCUACGACAAUAAAGAAGCAGGCGGAUGGAACGUCCCAAAAGACAACGCCUACAACAGCUUCGGCGGGCGCUCCGACAGGGGCAAAUCAUCGUUCUUCAAUGACCGUGGGUCCUCAUCCAGGGGCAGGUAUGAACGUGGAGGUUUCGGUGGUGGUGGAAACAGCCGAUGGGUGGAGGACUGCAGGGAUGAAGACUGGUCCAAACCACUGCCUCCCAAUGAGCGUCUGGAACACGAGCUGUUCUCUGGCAGUAACACUGGGAUUAACUUUGAGAAAUAUGAUGACAUUCCUGUUGAAGCGACGGGUCACAACGGGCCGCAGCCCAUCGACAGCUUCCAUGAUGUGGAGAUGGGGGAGAUCAUCAUGGGUAAUAUAAACCUGAGCCGAUACACACGGCCCACUCCGGUCAAACACGCGAUUCCAAUCAUCAAGUCUAAGAGGGACCUGAUGGCCUGCGCACAGACCGGCUCUGGGAAGACAGCAGCGUUCCUGUUGCCUGUGCUCAGCCAGAUCUACACUGAUGGACCCGGAGAAGCUCUGCAGGCCGUCAAGAACAGCGCACAGGAAAAUGGAAAGUAUGGCCGGCGUAAGCAGUAUCCCAUAUCACUGGUGUUAGCCCCGACCAGAGAGCUGGCUCUACAGAUCUAUGAUGAAGCCCGAAAGUUCUCGUACCGCUCUCACGUGCGUCCCUGUGUGGUGUACGGCGGCGCAGACAUCGGCCAGCAGAUCCGGGAUCUGGAGCGCGGCUGUCAUCUGCUGGUGGCCACGCCCGGGCGCCUGGUGGACAUGAUGGAGCGAGGGAAGAUCGGCCUGGACUACUGCAAUUAUCUGGUGCUGGACGAAGCGGACCGGAUGCUGGACAUGGGUUUCGAGCCGCAGAUCCGGCGUAUCGUGGAGCAGGACACCAUGCCUCCUAAAGGCCUCCGUCAGACCAUGAUGUUCAGCGCCACCUUCCCCAAGGAGAUCCAGAUCCUGGCCCGAGACUUCCUGGAGGACUACAUCUUCCUGGCGGUGGGCAGAGUGGGCUCCACCUCGGAGAACAUCACGCAGAAGGUGGUGUGGGUGGAGGAAAACGACAAUCGCUCGUUCCUGCUGGACCUGCUGAACGCCCAGGUUAUUCCGAGUGAGGUUCAGGAGAGUACAGGCGAGAGCGUAGAGAAGCCAGGUAAAGACUCUCUGACUCUGGUGUUCGUGGAGACUAAGAAGGGAGCGGAUGCGCUGGAGGACUUCCUGUACCGUGAGGGUUACGCCUGCACCAGCAUCCACGGGGACCGCUCGCAGAGGGACCGGGAGGAGGCGCUGCACCAGUUCCGCUCCGGCAGAUGCCCCAUACUGGUGGCCACGGCGGUGCGUGGCCGCUCGAGGGCUGAUAUCUCCAAUGUGAAGCACGUCAUUAACUUUGACCUGCCCAGCGACAUCGAGGAGUACGUCCACCGCAUCGGCCGUACGGGACGCGUGGGCAACCUGGGUCUUGCAACGUCAUUCUUCAAUGAUAAGAACGGCAACAUCACCAAAGACCUGCUGGACAUCCUGGUGGAGGCCAAACAGGAAGUGCCGUCAUGGCUGGAGAGUCUGGCGUACGAGCAUCAGCACAAGAGCAGCAGCCGCGGACGCUCCAAGAGGUUUUCUGGAGGCUUUGGAGCUAGAGAUUACCGCCAGAACAGCAGCGGUGGCGGCGGAGGCUUCGGGGGCCGCGGCGGGCGCAGCACCGGUGGGCACGGAGGGAACCGGGGCUUUGGCGGUGGAGGAUUCGGAAACUUCUACAGCAGCGACGGAUACGGCGGAAACUACUCCCAGGUGGACUGGUGGGGGAACUAGCGGCGCUGUGGCGUCUGUGCACUCCAGCCACACACUUACACACACGCACACUUACACACACACACACACACACACACACACACACACUUACGGUGGACCACCACGCCAAACACACCGAGCGGAAACCACAUGUACCUAGCCAGACCUCCCUGUAGCUGCAGGAGCUGUGCAGAGCAUUAGCAGCGGUGAUUCUCUGAGCGCUGCGGCGUUAGCGGACCCGGACGCUAGUUCUCCACCACAUCAGUUCUUUCCCCUGAGUGAGAAUCAUCAGUUUGUUAAUGUGCUGUGCCUUUACACUUAGACUCGCUGUGUUCUCCUCCUCUGUUUUGGUUUUGAUGUCUGGCUGAUGAUUAUUUUAAGCUUCUCUCCUCUUUCGUUCCCCCUGAAGAUUUGUUUGGGACUGUUUAACAAAAUAAGCUUGGAUGUAGUCAAACCUUGGCAAACUCUGGGAUGGUCUGUCGUAUUUAGAGCUGAAAUUGAGGUGCGCAGUGCUCGCGCCGCCCCCUGCUGGGCUUUACUAUUACUGAAGGAGAAGGAGAUCCGCUCGCUCUGUCCUCAGGCGAGACCUCCCGCGGCUGCGCUAGCUCUAGCGGCGUCUGCGGUCGACCGGACUCUUCUCUUCCUCCCGUCGGCGUAACGGCUCCUGAAGCCCAGCUCGUCUCUGAAGAAUCCGCAUGCUAGUGUUCUUGUUUUUUGGUCAAGGAGAGUUACGAACCGAUUCUGCAGCAGGCUUUACGUUCGUUACCGUAACAUCCGUCACCUCUUAAUUUCCAUCAGAUGAUUUGUUUAUUUUCUCUCUUUUUCAAGCUGCGUUGAAUUCCGAAAGACAUCCUCGGCUUUACUCUGGAGACGCGACGCCCGCGAGUGUGUGUGUGUGAGAGUGAGAGUGCGAGUGUGUGUGUGUGUGUGUGUGUGUAGCGGAGCGGAGCGUCCUGCCAAAGACUGGUUCUCUGGCGUUAAACUGAAGUGCAAUAGUUUCCUCAAGCGUGUUGUGCCUUUGCAUGAGCGAGCGGCGGUGGCGCCCCCUGUGGACGCCCGGCGGCGGUGUGGAGCUGACUUGAGAACAGCGGUGCUACUUUUGGCCCUUCUGUGUUUCACCCAUCGAGUUUUACUGAAGUUGUUUUAUUGCACAUCUAGGGUUUUAUAUAAGUGUGUCGAGUGCGUGUCCGUACGCUUCCAAAUACUGUGUGUGGAGACGGUGGAAGAAGAAAACUAACUAAACGCAGCUUGUUUACAAAAGGGGACGGUUCUCCAAUAGUUAACCAGGACUGAUUUGGGACCAGGGGGAUUAGCAGUGGGGAAUUUAGCUAUUUGCACAGAUUACUAGAUUCUACUUUUGCUGCUAGUUUGUGUAAUUUAUUGAGCAUUUUUGAGAAAUAUUUAUUUUUAUAAGCCUAAAAGUGAUAGUUUCAAGUAACUUGACCAAAAGACAGUACAAAAACACUGGCACUUGAAUGUUGAAUGUCACCCGUAUGCGUGGAAUUUAUAUUUUUCGGGGUAGUGUGAGCUUUUUAAUGUUUAAGGUCGUUUUGGACUCGGCCAGAAUCCACUUCUUCGGUCGUUUGGUUUCGCCGACUGAACGCUUCGAUCCGAUCAAUCGAGCUCUGAAUUGGCUUCCAAAUUGCGAACGCUAAACAACCAUGCCAAGGUUUGGGAAAAAAAGUUACAGAAAUAUUUUUGUAAGUGUGUAUCAGUGCAAAGUGUUCAGAUCCUCCGGUUCUUUUGUGUUCUUUUCGUUUGUUUUGUUGGUUUUCCUCCAGUAUUUGUGUUGGGUUUGUGUCUGUACCCCCAGUGACUGUCUGGCACACGGCAAUCUUCAAUAUCAGAAACAUGUGGUUCUUCUCUAUGGUUGCAUUGCAUACUGGGCCGUGGCGGUGGUGUUCUCUGACAGGUUUGGCCCGACGCUCAGUCUUAAGUGCGGCGGAGCGGCCCGAGGGUGCAGAAGAGUCCACCGGAUCAUGUGACAGAACACCGCCCGAGCCCGUAGCGUUAGAGUAUUUGCUUUAUGUACUAGAUUAGAGGCUGUGCACUGCACGAAAAAACAACCAUAAAUGUGUUUAUUGUACGAUUUUACCAAAUUAAACUUGGAAAUAGCAAACACAGAA